AUGAAAUCUGAAGUUGACUUCAACACUCUUGCAAAGGGAAUAGAUAAGCUUAUCUCUACGAACAAAUUAAUUGAUUUUUACAAAGUUGAAGAUACUUGCAAAAUAUUAGAGCAUGCAGAACUAAAUUUAGACCAAGCAAUUUGGAUUUUCACCGAAUGCCAGAAGAAAUACACAGCUAAGCAGAUAUUUUUAAUAUUUCAAGCUGUUAAGAUGGACAGCGGUGAAAAUAUCGAUAAAAUUAAUACUUUAUUAAAUAUUUUACGAAAAUGUUUGAAUUCCGGUAUGCUAAAAUACAUAGCAACAGCAUUUGAACAUAUAAGUAAAGUAUAUGAGUACCAGAAGAACGAUAUUGCUCAUUUAAAGGCUCAAUUAGCAGAAAAAGAAAAAAUUAAUUCUAGUUUAACAGUACAAAUCCAUAAUGUUGUAGAAGAUAAUUCGAACUUAAUGGAAUCAUUAUCCAAAUAUCUCGACGCUUCAAAGAAUGUCCCAAAGAUACCGAAAAAAAUGGAAUAUAUUCCAAAGCAACCUGACCCAGAAAACAAAUACGUCAAGCUAUUACAAGUAUGCAAAUGUAAUAGUGAUGAUUUCGAAAAGAUUUACAGUAUAUUAAAAGAUGCAUCACAAAUAAACGACGUUGAUGCGAUUCGCUUUGCAAUUCUUAACAAUUUAUCCGAAGUUAAAGAUAUUGAAUACCAAAGAACCAUGUUUUUGAUGGCUUCUAACAACGGAGAUUUCAAUUUAGUCAAACUUUUAACAGAAAACGGUUGUGACAUAAAAGUCAUCGAUAAAUACAAUAGAAAUGCUUUACAUUUGGCAAGUAUCAAAAACAAUGUCAAUAUUGUUGCAUUUCUUGUUAAUCUCAGGGAUAUUAACAUAAAUGCUAUUGAUAACAAGUUUGAAACAAGCUUACAUUGGGCUUCUUUGUAUGGAAACUUAAGUAUUGUUCAGAUUUUGUGUCAAUGCAGAGAUAUUGAUAUAAAUGCGUUAGAUAAAGAUGAUGAAACACCUUUACAUAAAGCAAGUUAUGCUGGGCAAAUCCAAAUUGUCCAAUAUCUUACUUCUUUGAAAGAUAUCAAGUUAAAUCCCUUAAACAAACAAGGAAAAACACCUUAUCAAGUUGUAACUGCAGGAAAGAAAGAUGAUGUUAAAGCAUUCCUGAAAUCUAAAGGCUGUCAAUGA